CCCACCUUGCAUCUGCAGAAAAAGGAUUGACAGUCGCCCGCGUUGAAAGGAAAAAGGUGAAAUUCUUGCGGCGGAAAAAAGGGAGCAUUUUCCACAGAUUUAUAAUCACUUUCACUGCACCUGGCGAACUUAAUUUCCCGACGCGCGAAACACGCACGAAACGGUGGAAAGCCCACCACCCGCUCGAAAUCGUGGUAGUUUGCAAAGGAUUUGGAAAGUGUGUCUCGCUGUGCGUGUGCGCCUGCAUACACAUUCGCAUUCACCGCACACAGGAACACACACACAGCACAGCGGACAGGCAGCUGCCUCAGACAAGCAAGCCUUGCAUUUUCUUCGGGGCGACAUCUUUUUUUUUUUGUUUCUUAAUUCAAGUGCGGGUUUGCUUCGAGAGUGUUCGCGGUACGCGCCGGACGGGACGGACAAAUCGUGCGGAGAAUUAGCAACACAGUGUUGUUGACACGGCCGGUGCAAAGUUUGCCGAGAGUGCGAAUUUGCGUUCGAUCUUAUCGCCAUCCCAGUUUCGGAAACGUGCUCCCCUAUCCGCCAAGGCCGCGUUGUUGCACAGAGAGUCAUUUGCAAAUAGCUUUGCUGUGAUAGCGUAGUGCCGGAGAGGAGGACGUGCACAAAACCGAAGGGCAAACGUUCUUUCAGAGCCCCCCUGCGAAACCAAACGGGCGUGUGUGUGAGAGCACCAUAGAGAAGCUCCGGUUGAGACUGCUUCCUUCGUGGUGCCGUACAGAAUGUCGUGGGAACCGCAGCCUGAUGGCUUGAGCCAGAUCAUCACACUGCUGAAGCAGUCACAAUCAACGGACAACAUGGUACAGCGUGCUGUGCAGUUGAAAUUGGAAGAGCUGAACCAGUAUCCGGACUUUAACAACUAUUUGAUCUACGUGCUGACGAAGCUAACGUCCGAGGAUGAGCCGACGCGAUCGCUGUCCGGGUUGAUAUUGAAGAACAACAUCCGCAUCCACGGCACCGAGCUGCAGCCGGCCAUCAUCGAGUACAUCAAGCAGGAGUGUCUGAUGGCGCUCGGCGACCCGUCGCCGCUGAUCCGGGCGACAGCCGGCAUCCUCAUCACCACGAUCGCCAACAAGGGCGGACUGCAGAACUGGCCGGAGCUGCUGCCGACGCUGUGCGAUAUGCUCGACUCGCAGGACUACAGUGUGUGCGAGGGUGCGUUCGGGGCGCUGCAGAAAAUCUGCGAAGACUCGGCCGACGUGCUGGACAGCAGUGCGCUCAAUCGGCCGCUGAACAUCAUGAUACCCAAGUUUCUGCAGUUCUUCCGCCACUCGAGCCCGAAGAUCCGGUCGAACGCGAUUGCCUGCAUCAACCAGUUCAUCAUCAACCGCACGCAGGCGCUAAUGGUGCACAUCGAUACGUUCAUCGAGAAUCUGUUCCACCUGUCGUCGGAUGAUGAUCGCGAGGUGCGCAAGAACGUGUGCCGCGGGCUGGUGAUGCUGCUGGACGUGCGCAUGGACCGGUUGAUGCCGCACAUGAACAGCAUCAUCGAGUACAUGCUGAUCCGGACGCAGGAUUCGGACGAAACGUCGCUGGAAGCGUGCGAGUUUUGGCUGACGCUGGCGGAGCAAUCCAUCUGCAAGGAAGUGCUGACGCCGCACCUGCCCCGCUUGGUGCCGGUGCUCGUGCGGGGUAUGAAGUACAGCGACAUCGACAUCAUCAUCUUGAAGGGCGAUGUGGAGGAGGAUGAGAUGAUCCCGGACCGGGAGGAGGACAUUAAGCCCCGGUUCCACAAAUCGCGCACACACACCCAGAAACCGUCGCUCGGCGGUGGUGCGAGCGGAGCGGACGGUGCGGUCCGAGCGAUGGAGGGCAAUGACGACGACGAAGACAUCGACGAUCCGUACGAUGAAAUGGACGACGAUAGCAAUCUGUCGGAUUGGAAUUUGCGCAAAUGCAGUGCCGCUGCGCUGGAUGUGCUGGCAAAUGUGUUCAAGGAUGACUUCUUGCCAAUCCUGUUGCCGAUCCUGAAGGAAACCCUGUUUCACGAGGAAUGGGUCAUUAAGGAGAGCGGCAUCCUGGCGCUGGGCGCGAUCGCGGAGGGCUGCAUGAACGGCAUGGUGCCGCAUCUGCCCGAGCUGAUCCCGUACCUGAUCGUGUGUCUGUCGGACAAGAAGGCGCUGGUACGGUCGAUCACCUGCUGGACGCUGUCGCGCUACGCCCACUGGGUGGUAAGCCAGCCGCACGACCAGUAUCUGAAGCCGCUGAUGAAGGAGCUGCUGAAGCGCAUACUGGACGCGAACAAGCGCGUCCAGGAGGCGGCCUGUUCCGCGUUUGCCACGCUGGAGGAGGAGGCGUGCACCGAGCUGGUCCCGUACCUGGGCUUCAUACUCGACACGCUCGUGUUUGCGUUCCGGAAGUAUCAGCACAAGAAUCUGCUCAUCCUGUACGACGCGAUCGGUACGCUGGCGGACUCGGUCGGCCACCAUCUGAACAAGCCGGAGUACAUCAGCAUGCUGAUGCCACCGUUGAUCGAGAAGUGGAACAAUCUGAAGGACGAGGAUAAGGAUCUGUUCCCGCUGCUGGAGUGUCUGUCCAGCGUUGCCACCGCGCUGCACUCGGGCUUUCUGCCCUACUCGGAGCCGGUCUAUCGUCGGUGCAUUUCGCUGAUACAGCAAACGCUGAACCAGGAUUUGGCCAGCACCACCAGCCCGGGCCAGUUCGAGCAGCCGGACAAGGACUUUAUGAUAGUGGCGCUGGACUUGCUGUCCGGGCUGGCGGAGGGCCUGGACUGUUACAUCGAGUCGCUGGUGUCGAGCAGCAACAUUAUGCAGCUGCUUUACCAGUGCAUGCAAGACUCGAUGCCCGAGGUUCGCCAAUCGUCGUUUGCGUUGCUAGGCGAUCUGACCAAGGCUUGCUUCCAGCACGUGCAUCCACACAUUGCGGACUUUUUGCCCAUUCUGGGCCACAACCUGAACCCGGAGUACAUCUCGGUGUGCAACAACGCGACGUGGGCUAUUGGCGAGAUCAGCAUCAAGCUGAUGGAAGAUACAAAGCCGUACAUUCCGAUGGUGUUAGCACCGCUGAUUGAAAUCAUCAACAAUACCAACACCCCCAAGACACUGUUGGAAAAUACUGCGAUAACAAUUGGGCGUCUAGGUCUCGUGUGCCCCGUAGAAGUGGCCCCCUCAUUGCAACAGUUUGUGCGACAGUGGUGCUCAUCGCUGCGAAACAUUCGCGACAACGAGGAAAAGGACUCGGCCUUCCGUGGCAUGUGUCAGAUGAUUACGGUCAAUCCGGUCGGCGUGGUGCCGGAUUUUAUCUUCUUCUGCGAUGCCGCCGCCUCCUGGAUGACACCGAAGAAGGAUCUACACGAAAUGUUGCAAAAGAUCCUGCACGGUUUUAAGAUGCAAGUUGGUGAAGAAAAUUGGGCCCGUUUCGUUGAGCAGUUCCCGCCCCAGCUGAGCGAGCGGUUGGCCGUAAUGUACAGCAUCUAAGCACCGGCAGCAUUGCAUCGCUCGUUCCAUAAACGCAAACAUUACAGCCACCCAAAAGGUUCUCCAACGCGGGAGCGGUGAGUGUAUAUACAUAAUGGGGCAAAUGCUACUAUUAUUAUUUCCAUCAUUUUUGUCAUCCACGAAUGGAACUGUCAACACGGAUGAUCUUGAUUGUUUUUUAUUUUUUUUUUAAAGAAUGGUUAGCGAAAGACGGCCACGAAUUAGUCGUAUUAGAUACAUACCGUGCACAUAUUCUUCUGCCACGAGUUGACAAAAGCUGCCAAGUAAUCAGCUGAGCUUGUAUAUUUUUUUAUCAACAAAGUUGUGAACAAUGCAUUCAAAUUGUAGGCUUGUUUUUUGGAAAUUAUACUAGCCUUCGAUGCUCCAACCACUAUUGCACGAUGCAAAAGGAAUUAAGUAGUUUGGUUUCUAUCUUUUUUCAUGGUACAGAAGUGAGAUUUCGAACUACGGGAGAUGAAAAUGGGGAUUUGCAGAUAGAAUGCAGGCAGAAAACCCUACAGAAAGGGAAUGAUGUUGGCCGUAUGGAUGCGUUGAAACAUUCAAUUGUAAAAUAUAACACCGCGGGCAUUAGGCCCCUCUUUUUUCAUCUUCAUCUCUCAGCCGAAAUACAAGCAAAAAAGGAAGGCGAGGCUAUCAAUCAAUCGCUCAUUAUCUCUACUCUAAAACUUAGCCCCCAAAAGCGUGAAUUGAUGCAAUGAUAUCCGUCAUUUAAUAUCGGUUUUACCAUGGAAGCAUGGGACGCGCAAUAAUGAUUAGAAAAUGAACACCACGUGGAGAACAUUCCGUUCUCUUCGGUUUUUUUUUAUUUGUUUUAGUUUGUGUCGUAGGAUGAACACAUAGUUUUGCUGUAGUUGUUUUAGGAGGGCGUGUAUUAUAUAUUUUAAACACACAGGAUCGUAGAAAGAGAAAACGGAAGAGCAGCAACGCCCGCGCAGUUUAUUGCAUGUAAAUUGUUACGCGCUCCGUGUAAUUGUGUUAUAAAUUGUUUUUCACACACUCUCCA